AUGAAUCAAGACAUGAUCAGUAAGAUGGUACCUUUUCUUUCGAAGAAAUCGAUCCUGAUGCUUUAUGGUAUAACUAGGGAUCCGAAAUAUCCUGUUUACAUCAUCAGGAGAUAUAAAGCCAGGCUAAACAUAAUUCCCACGGGAAAGGCUGCCAUGCUAAUACAAAGGGCAGUAGACAUGGAAAGGAAUGACUUGGUAAUGGAAUAUCUAUGCCAUGUUCCACCGGGAAGAAUGACCAGAAUCUUACUAAAGUUGGCAGAAAAUAUAGAACCCGAAAAGACACAGCAUAUGAUUUCGGAUUUAAAAAAAAGUAACUUCUGCUUGAUGUGCAGUUCUAAUAACAGAUGCGAGGUAAUUGUAGCCCGUAUCGAGAACAUUGUAAAAAACAUAAGGUCAUAUGCCUACCACUGUAAAUAA